UUGAUGCUGUAAAAAUAAUUUUCUAUUUAUUGAUAUAAGCGAUACAUGUUCCUAACUCAAGAUAUUCAGUCUUAAUCUACAUAUACCCAUUCUUUGCUAAGUAUAUAACAUGUCUAUGCUACCAAAGGUAAGAUAGCCUAACGGUAAAGCUGCCGCAACAGUGAAGGCUUGGGAGUUGCAGAUCCCAGGUUCGAAUCCAAGCGAGGCCCGUUGGUGUUCCCGGAGGUACAAGGCUGCUGGGGGCGAAGCCCCGUUGGCGUCAAAUUAAAUGCAGGUGGCCCCCAGGUUUAGUAGGACCCGCUGUCACAAAGUGGCACGUGGGGCUGAGGUUCCUGGGUAUCAAAAAAAAAAAAAAAAAAAAAAAAAAAAAAAAAUAUAACAUGUCUAUGCUAAAAUUUUGGGAUGUUUAAAAUACUCGGCUCAUGAUGGUUUGUUUUUCUAAUCUUGAUUUGACCUUCACUUAUGGGUUAGAUAUUUCUAGUGCUGGGUUAGUAUCUUUAUAAAGAUCCCACUAAAGGUAAUUUAUUGGCCAAAAUAUUCAAGUGAUUAUUUUAUAUGAUAUAUAAAUGUAUGUUUAAUUAUUAUCAAGAUAUUCAAAUGAUUUGUACAUACACAUAAAAUAUAGGAUACUUGGUAGAAAUUAUAUAAUACUUUUUUUUGUGAGAAGUUAAUAAUACUUCUAAACGUUAAAGAGGUCAAAUAUGGUGAAGAUAAGUAUGAAAAUAGGAGUGACGUUAAAAAUUCCAUAUAUUCCUAAUAUAAUAUAUGAACGAAGAAAAAAUGAGAAAGAAAACACUUAAAACGGAGAACAGCAAAGAAAUUUUAUAAAAAAAAAACAGUAAAGAAAAAUAGAUAAUGAUCAAAAUUAAGUGGAAGUUACAAAUGAUCAGCCGAAAAAAAUAUUAAAAAAAAGAGGAUUUCCGAAACUCACGGAAAAGCCUGCAAGGCUUACAUGGACAGGGUCUACUUCUAAACCCCUUUAAUAUAUUUUAAGAAUUUAAGAAAGAUAUCCCGGUUCGAUACUCAUAUGCUCUGCAAUGGAAAAUGGGCAGGGCCCAAUCUGCUCCCUAAUUUUUUUUCGUUUUUUGCCUCGAGCCCACGGGCUCGAGUAACUCAGUCCAAUUUUUUGCAACUCAUAUUGGGCCCUUCAUACGACGCCAUUUCACCACCACAAAAGAACAGGCCAAUUAUCUAGCAGUGAGCGGCUGAGAGUGAUCCCUCUGUUAGAUGAAGUUUUGGAAAUUGGAUUGACUAUCCUCUUUUUUAAAUAGGGAUGACAAUUUCGACCUGACCCGAUUUAUCCGACCUGUACCCGCCCCGUAGACGGGGCGGACAUAGGUAUCUCUCAUCGACCCGACCUGUCCUAACCCGCCCAAUUCUCGACAUGUUCUUGCCUAAACUACAUAUAAUAUUAUUCAAAUUACUUAAGAUUUUCCUCUUAUUACAUUAUAUUUUAGCUAUAAUAAAGUUGUAAAUAAGUGAAAACCUCAAUUUCUUCAAUAAUUUAACUACAUUUUAUCAUAUUAUGGUUUCUUUCUUGGUCUUUCAAUGAAAAGAACGAAUAUUUCUACUGUUUUUCACAUAAAUUACAUACCCAAUGAGUCUACCUGUCCCGUGAUAAAUUACCCGACCUGAACCCGACCUGCCAUGAGGCGGGUAUGGGUAUCGAGAUACCCGCCCUAGACCUGUCUCAUUGCCAUUCCUACUUCUAAAGUAAGUUCGAGUUUUGUCAUUGUUCUUGAAUAUCAUUAUGUUCUUCAACUUGUUCAAGCUUUACGUUCCCAAAUCCCAACUACAUCACAAUUUGUUGAUUUCUUAAAUCAAGUUUUGUUUUCUUCUGUAAGAUGUAAAAUUGAAAUUAUUAUUUCCAAUCAAACUAAUCGGGUUUAAUUGCAAGUUUGGUCACUCGAAUUGCUAUAAAAUUUCACGUUUGUCACUCAAAUUAAUUUAUUCCAUUUAUAGUCACUCGAAUUAGUUGAACAGUUCAAGUUCGGUCACUCUCCGUUAACCUCCGUUAACUUUGACUGACGUGGCGGUCAACUCUGACAGUUGACCGUUAAAUGUGUGACGUGGCAAAUAAAAAUAAUUAAAAAUUAAAAAUUAAAUUUUUAGAAAUUACACAUCAUUAUAAAAAAAAUUAUAAAAAAUGAAAAAAAUUACACAUCCUGAUUGAACUCCUCAUUCGUCUACCGGACACAAAAUCCGCCUUCCGAUCCAAACCCGUCUGCAAGCAAUGGAACUCCCUCGUCUCCACUCCAUACUUCGCUCGCCGUUUCGUUUCUCACCACAUCGCCGGCGAAUCCGAACCCAUCGCGCUUCCGGCUCCCUCAAACAUCCCGGAUCUGGUCUCGACUUUUCUUCCCCUGCGUACCGCCGAGGCCCGUUUCCGUUUCGACAUUCUUGAUUGCUUCAGGGACCUGCUCUUACUCGGGUUCAACGCGAGCCGAAGCGACAACAGCAGCGAGCUGGGGCGAACGUUAUUCCUCUGCAAUCCAUUCACCAAGCGAUGGGUCGCCCUGCCUUUAGCUCCUCGGAGGUGGCUCCGACCGUACACAGAUGCUUGCUGAAGAAUGAUAUGUUGCUACUGUACACAUUCGGUUUUCAUUGGUUUUCAUGCGUACAGGUCUCUUUUUCUUUUUUAGUGGCUUCAGUGCUGUCAUUUUUUGUUGUUCAUGGUAGUUCAGAGAGGAUAUCUUUAGUGGGCAACUAUAAUGGAUACUUCUGGGUUCUAAGCUUCUGCACAUGAUUUUUCUCAUGGGGGAUAUCUUUAGUGUUUGGCGACUAGAAGAAAAUAAUUGGAAGAGAAGUUCAUGUGCUUGUUCUUCUUGUAUUGAUAUAGUGUUCUGCAAAUUGCAAUUCGUUGGCUUAAUUGCAAGUUAGAAGAAAAUAAUUUCUUUUUUCAUUUUUAUAAUUAUAAUUUUUUUUUAUAAUGACGUGUAAUUUCUAAAAAUUUCACUUAAUUUUUUAAUUAUUUUUUAUUUGCCACGUCACACAUUUAACGGUCAACUGUCAGAGUUGACCGCCAUGUCAGUCAAAGUUAACGGAGGUUAACGGAGAGUGACCGAACUUGAACUGUUCAACUAAUUCGAGUGACUAUAAAUGGAAUAAAUUAUUUUGAGUGGCAAACGUGAAAUUUUAUAGCAAUUCGAGUGACCAAACUUGCAAUUAAGCUAACUAAUCGUAUAUGGAAAAGCCCUGACCACCACUAGUCAACUACCACAUGUCAUUUUGUGUUUUCUUUCUGCAGUAUUCAACUCAAGCACACUUAACCAACAUGAAUUAAAGUUAAUAAGUCUUACUAAUCUCACUUUUUUCCUUAUAUAGCUUACUAAUUUGAAAUUACACUUUCAGAAGAGUAAAUAUGGUGAUUGGUAGAUCCGCUCGAUUCUUCUCCCCUCUCCUCUGUUCCAAUUGCCCAAAAAAAGUUCCAAGUUGGGCGAUUUGUGUAUUGGCUUCUUUUGAAAUUCAGUGGGGGGUGUGGUUGAAAAUGGCCGAAAAGGAAAACCCCAAAGGCCAAAGGACCCACAAUUCGUCACCGAGUUGAGAAAGUUUUGCGGGAAGAUGACGAAUUUCAACAAACACCCGCACUAUCUACUGCUUCUACUUGUAUGGACUGUGCAGCCCAAUCCCCCUCCCUGAAUUCCGUUCUUUUCCCCGACUUCUCUCUCUCUCUCUCUCUGUAUUAUUUAGUGCAAGAAAAUGAAGAGCAGUCUAUUCUAAGUUUGGUGGUGUUUUGGGAUUCACACAAACUAUAGGAAAGAUACCACCAUAUAUACCAGUUGGCUGUGUUGAUGAUCAGAAUUCUACUCUCGGGGAGGGGCUUGCUUAGAAUUGAAGUAUUUUUUCUUUUAUCACUUCGCUCUUUCCUUUCCUUGGGGAAAAGGUAUCUUUUUUGCAGCAAGAGGGCAUGGUGGUGAUGAUGAUGGGGUCGAGUAACUGCUGAGAUUUUUUAUUGGGACGAUUGGUUAUUAUGCAUUUUGAAGUAAAUUGGCGGAUUGUUUGUGGCUAUCUUUUGGAUUCAUCUGGAUUCUUUUGUUCCUCCUGAAUCCUGGCUUGGCUUUUUAAAGGUGAGGAUUUCGUCUGUCUCCAUCUUUCUGGGUUUGUUUUCUGUACUUUGUCUGCCAACUGUUUGAUAUCUGGUCUCUAAGAGAAUCUCUGCUUUCUGAGGCUCAAGCUGAGUUCCAUGGUGGGUCUUAGUCUCAUAAUUGGCUGUAAUUUGCAAGUCAAUGUUCAUUUCUGAAUACCCUUUUUGUUUUGGGUGAGAAAGAUUACUGCUUUUCAUCUUGUUGGUGAAUGAAGCUACAUUGUUUAGAGUUUUUGUGGUAUGCUAUGUCUUCCCAACUUUGCCUAUAGCUUGUAUGGAUUUGGUUCCAGUUAAACUCCUCUUCAUUGAUUUUUUUGGCCUUGUUGAUAUGUUGCUUUCCAUCUUGCUGGCUAUAUGGAACAAUCGGCCCCAUAUUAGAUACUGGGCGUGGAAAUAGUUGAUAACAGAAGCAUGUCUCCAGUCCUUUUCUCAACUUUUCUUUCUCUCCAAUGUACUGAAUUGGUCUCUGGCAAAUGGAUAAAGGGUUUCCAGGCUUAGCAAGGAGCAAUAUCUAGGUAACUAUUUCUGGUAUGGGUUGGCUCACGAAGAUUCUCAAAGGUUCUUCCAAUAAAGGGAAUUACCACGGGCAUUAUGGAGAGAACAGAUACUGGGAGGAGCCUCGUCGGUCAGUGGACAAUACAUCAGACUUCGACAAAGAAGAACUAGACUGUGCUAUUGCACUUUCUCUUUCAGAAGCAUAUGACAAAGGGAAGAAGGUCAUUGAGGAGGAUGAUGAGUCUCUCCACUCACUGGAAGAAGAAGAAGAGGAGGAGGAGGAGGUUAAGGAUACUGACCAUGGAAAAGGCGUAGCCAAGGUGGUAGUGGAAGAAGAUGAUGACGAUGAUGAUAACUUCAAUGCUAUUGCUAAAGUGGUGGAAGAAGAGAGUCGCACAAGAGCUCAGCUGGAGGAAGAUGAACAGCUUGCCAGAGCUAUUCAAGAAAGUUUGAAGGUGGAGUCUCCUCCCAGACCUAGAUAUGAUAGUGGAGGUGCAUUCCCGCCUUAUUCAUUCUUCUUUCCGACCAGUGGUCACAGGAUUUGUGCUGGCUGCAAUGAUGAAAUUGGUCAUGGAAGGUUUCUAAGUUGCAUGGAUGCUGUUUGGCAUCCUGAAUGCUUCCGUUGCCAUGCUUGCAAUCAAGCAAUUACUGACUAUGAGUUUUCUAUGUCAGGGAAUCGACCAUACCAUAAGUCCUGCUAUAAGGAGCGCCAUCAUCCAAAAUGUGAUGUUUGCAAUAACUAUAUCCCUACAAACUCUGCUGGACUUAUCGAGUACAGGGCGCACCCUUUCUGGCUUCAGAAGUACUGCCCCUCACAUGAGCGAGAUGGAACUCCUCGCUGUUGCAGUUGCGAAAGAAUGGAGUCUACAGACACUAAGUAUCUAUCUCUUGAUGAUGGCCGAAAGCUAUGCCUCGAGUGUUUGGACUCAUCAAUAAUGGACACCCAUGAAUGCCAGCCUCUUUACUUUGAAAUACGGGAAUUCUACGAGGGGUUGAACAUGAAGGUGGAGCAGGAUGUUCCUAUGCUUUUGGUUGAGAGACAAGCAUUGAAUGAGGCCAUGGAAGGGGAAAAGAAUGGUCAUCACCACAUGCCUGAAACCAGGGGACUCUGCCUAUCAGAAGAGCAGACAAUCACAACUGUCUUCAGGAGACCUAGGAUUGGUCCAGGCUACCGUUUCGUUGACAUAAUGACAGAGCCAUACAGGCUAAGCCGCAUAUGUGAAGUCACAGCAAUUCUCAUAUUGUAUGGUCUUCCCAGGUUGUUGACAGGUUCCAUCCUGGCUCAUGAAAUGAUGCAUGCUUGGCUUCGCCUGAAAGGCUUUUCAAAUCUAAGACCAGAAGUUGAGGAAGGCAUCUGCCAGGUCUUGGCUCACAUGUGGUUAGAUUCCGAGAUGUAUUCUGGAGCCGGUCAAGAUGAAGCUGAAGCCUCAUCGUCGUCCUCAUCGUCAUCCUCCUCGCCAUCAUCCUCAUCAACAUCUUCCAAGAAAGGGAAGAGGUCUGACUUUGAGAAGAAGCUUGGUGAGUUUUUCAAACACCAGAUUGAGUCGGACACAUCAACGGCUUAUGGUGAUGGGUUCAGGUCAGGAAACAAAGCUGUCCAGAAAUUUGGGCUGAGGAGGACCCUUGAUCAUAUAAGACUGACAGGAAACUUUCCUGAGUAAAAAAUACAGUAUAUAUAGAGAGAGGAAACAAACGAGAAUGAGAAGCUGAAUUACCCACAUUUGCACAUAUAUAUAUAUCUCAGCGCUCCAGAUGUAUGUUACCCUAUAGCCUACAGGAUUGGGAAAGAGUGGAAGGUUAUAGAGGGAGAAAGGAAGGAAAAUAAAUGAUACUUGUGAUGUGCCAUUCUGCAGAAAGGCUGUGUAUUUUCUGUAGGCUCUCUGAAUGUUCUGGCAUAAAAUGCCAUGUGAUGAAGUAAUGCCAACUAUGUUGUGCAAAACGUUUGCGCAUAUAUAUAUAAAGGAAUCUGAACUUUUAUCAAGUGGUUUAUGUUUUUCAUUUUUGGAUGUAUAAUAAUGAGAACUAGCUUGUACUGUAAUGUGAACCAACAAACUGAAGGACACCUGGCGACUGGCAAGGCAAGCUGCGAAUAGUUGUUGCCCCGCCUGUGAUCUCCAACCGAAGCGAACCCCAAAAGCGUAGUUUUGUCGAGCAGCCACCGCCCACCGCCCCGUCGGACCAUUUGCGCUACAAAAUGAGGGUUUAGUUUCUCCGGUGAACGAAUGCGAGAGAGUAGCCUUCCAACUCCUUAAACUAAAGUGGCAAACACCAGUUCCACGGGCCAAGAGAAAUGGCGAGCUGGAAUCCAACCGAAUUGGCGGAGUUUGUGCUUCGUAAUUCAACCCUAGCGGCAGCAUUUCAGGAUCCCGCAUCCGAAACCGAAAGGGUUCGAACCAGCUUUCAGUGGGGUGGAACCAUUUCAGCUUCGUGAGUAGUCCUUAAUUAACUACCACAUCUGUU